CUUUCACUCACACUCUGCCCUGCUUCUUUCAUCCAUCUAAUCGACCCCGUGACUUGGCGACGCUGCGACGCCAGUCCAACGCGUCUCCCGAGAGGAACUUGCGCAAAGGCACCUCGACCAGGCGCCUCGACCGGGCACGCGGCGGACAAUGCUGGAGCAAAUGCCCGACAUCUGACAACCUGCCGAAUGGGUCUUGUACUGUUCUACCCAUUGCUUAUCCCAUAAUCACAAUGGCUCUAUCUCGUCCCAAUACUAUCAGGAGCUUGGCCGACGCCUUCAAUGCCUGUAAGGAUGGCCAGCCUCUUUGGUCAGUCAAUCUCAUGGGCACCGUCGUUGACAAGCUGGACCCAACCAAGAACGAGAAGACUGGGGACCUACAAAUGACCUUUACCAUCAACGACUCAACAAGAUUGCUCAAGGCUAGGUUCUUCGGCGAGCUCCCUCCCAUCCAGUCGCUUGGAGACAUCAUCUUGAUACGCAACUGCAAGGUCAUGUUCAUCCGGAACACUUCCGAAAUAUUGAUUGGCAAUGAGAAGAAAACGACGAGUACAUUCGUCUUUCAACCGGACAAUCUACCACGAGAGGAAGCAUACAUGCAAAGCUUCUACGGUGGUCAGAAUCUUCCAUACUUACGCCAAGUCCCCCAAGGUUCACACACGACGCCUUCUAAAGACGAGCAGAUGUAUGCAAUAGGUCUCAUGCGGCUGUCUCUACCCGCUCUAGUCACUGCCGCUGCUUCUAAAGCCACCUCUCUUCCAGACAGACCGGCCGCUUCCAGAACCGGCGGCCCUCCAAAGGUCAAAGCCAAUAAACUCCGUUUGAUCCAGAGCGUAGGCUAUGACCAGUAUUGCGAUCUCGUCGUUGAAGUCGUCAAGAAGUUCCCCGAUUCUUAUGGUAAUAUGGAAUUGUAUGUGACUGACUACACAUCCAAUAACCUGCUUUACGACUAUCCUGCUCCGAACGACGCAGAUGCGGAAGACGAUUACAACAGGGAUGGCGACAUCUACGAAUAUGUCUCGAACGUGACUGGCAAGCGUAAGAAUUGGUCAGGACCUUCUGGCCGCCACACUCUCAAAAUCGACCUUCGCCCGCCACAUGCAGGAUUUGCUCGCGACAAAGUAAAGGAAGGUGACUUUGUCAUGCUCUCAAACGUUCGGAUCAAGAAAAGCAAUGCGGGUAAAAUGGAAGGAAAUCUCUGGGAGGACGGGAGAUAUCCGGACAAGGUUUGUGUGCAUCAACUAAGGAACGGCAGUGAGGAGUUGAAGACUCUCCGGAACCGUCGUGAAAACUACUGGGCGCAUCUCAACAAGGCCACGCUUAAAAGGCAGCUAGAAGAGCAAGCUAAGGAGAAGUCACGAAACAAGGCCAAGAAGCCGAAGAAGAAGGGGAAAAAGGCCAAAACAUUGGACAGAGAUGCAGACAGAACGGCUUCAGGUUCGUCGGCCAUUGCCAACAACAAACACGUUACUUGCGUUGGGCCUGAGCAUGACAUCAGCACGAUUGGAGACAUACAAUCCAUGAUCCACUCUUACAAGAGUAGAUCUGGACGAGAAUUCACAACACCUCUUAACGUCUGUUACAAAGUCAGGACUAGAGUCGUCGACUUUUGGCCACCUUUACUGGAGGACUUCGCACGACUCGUACGAAUCGACCAGGGCUCUGGAGAUGCUUCAGACGAUGGAACAGGCACGAUAAGUCCUUCGAGUCAAAAGUGGCAAUGGGACUUCUAUCUUCUCCUAGAAGAUUUCAAAUCUCAUCAGUCAGGCCAAACGCCAGCCCAGCAGUGGGUACACGUGGAUCACAUGGGUGCGCAGUACCUUCUGGGAAUCGAGGAAGAUGCUACAGACUUGCGGCACGAGACACAGACACUGGCACAGCUACGGGAACAGAUGGCAGUUCUUUGGGGAAAUCUGGAAGAGCUCAAGACUGAUGCUACGGCGAAACACCAGCCAUAUCCACCAGACCCGUUAGUGGUAGCGGAAGGCAUGGAGCUAUCGAAUCUGCCUUUCCACUGUUGCAUUGAGGAAUACGGUCAAGAGCUGGAUGAGGCGGACAUCGGGUCUGAUGAAGCUUUCGGUUACAUGACAGUGUAUGCGAUCUUCGGCACACGCAUAUUCUCAGGCAGACGUAAUGAAUGAGUCUGGAUCGAUUACAUUUUUUAAUGACAGUCAUGAUUUCACGUACACCUGC